ACCAUCGCGCGGAGCGGCCGCGUCGCGCCUUCCAUUCAAAUAUCACGUGUCGCGCUCUUGAACAAGUUUCUCAGUGACCUUAUUCCUCGGAUACUGUGUCGUAAACAUAACACCAAUAACAACUUCAAAAGUGUCAACAAAAGUUUUACUAUGUGCCAGUGAAAAUAUCUUAUUUACAUAAAACUCCGAACCGUAUGGUUUAAAUCAAAAUGAGUCAGUGUUUUCAAGUUCUAAAGAAUUUACGGUAAUAGUGAUUGUACUGUACGACGCCGUAGGUACGCAUAACGCAAUCUAUGGAAUUCGCCCUCUUCUGCACUGUUAAAAUUGGAAUCGAUCGAAAUAGAAUCCUCGAUUAAAAAUCCAUGUCAUGGAACUUGUACUAUAACUUGUAAUUCAUAUGGAUUAUUAAAUGGAAGAAGAAGAUUUAUCACACCAUUUAUUUUAAAAUAGCAAUGGAAUUCUUCAUUAUGAAAAGCAGCCACAGUUGUUGGUUGUUUAUCACGGCGCUGGGAAUAGUACUGGCGACUGCGACAGUCGCCGCUAACUAUGCCGGGACACCAGAUAUCCAAGACACGAGUUUAAUUGGCCCAAAUCUAUAUCCAAAGAAAAAUGAAAUAAUACUGCGAAAAGGUCAAAAUUUCACAUUCACUUGUAACGGGAACCGUCCUUUAGAUAUAAAACAACAAGUUUUACCAGAAGACUGUUUAACAGAAUUUGUUAUGGAACUGGACGAUGAAGACCCUCUUAACGUGUCUUUAACUCUUUAUAACGUUGACUAUUGCGCUGUGGGCUAUUACGCGUGCUUCGAUGACACGAUUGACCCUCAGGAUAUACUCACAAAUUUCAUAGAGGAGCCCAAUAACACAGAACAUGUCACGUAUACUUACGUCUAUGUAGAUGGCCCAAUGCUAUUUGCACCUGUAUCAGAAUUUAUAGAAACGAUAAACGAAAAUAAAUUUCUACUUCAAUGUAAACCAGCCAUGCCAGACACGGAAAUGUCAUUAACCCUGGAAAUGACAGAAAGUGAAUUUGGGUAUGACAGUUACGAUCCCAGAAUUGGGAUGAUUGUAUCCAAUGAACAAUUCGCGGACUUAAAUAUAGCUAUUCUCGUAUGUGGUGCUUCGAGACAUAAUAAAAUGGAUUACAAAUAUUUCUUGUAUGAUAAGAAUCAGAAACAAAAACCCAAAAUGGACAUUGAAGUGAAAAUUACUAAAGCACCUUCGAGCAAAUAUUUUAUGAAGGGCGAAUCGUUCACCCUUAAUUGUACCGUGACCUAUUUAAAUAACUCUCCUUAUGCGUUGGAAUGGACAAAGCCACGUAAAGAUAAGGAUACCGAUAUAAUUGUAACGAAUGAGGAAUCCUUUGGUCAAGGGAGUGUGCUCUAUAACACCUUGACGAUAGCGAAUGCCGACGUGGAUGAUCAGGGCAACUACACCUGUGUCCUUGCUACUGCUAUGGACAAUCCUCCAAAGAAUUCAGUCUUGAAACAAUAUUUGGAGACACCGUUUAUAAAUCUCCAAAAACAUAGAGAAGAACAACCGCUAAUCAUUGGACAUAAAUUAAGGAGUACGACAAUGCAAGUGACAGUAGCAGCGUAUCCACAUCCGACGUUUUCUUUCUUUCGCGACAAUAAAUCACUGUCAAUAGACAACGUCAAGUACGCAUGGACCUUCGAUUCCGCGACUAGAGAUAUCAGACUCACGAUCAAAAAUGUUACUGUGUACGACUCCGGGAAUUACACAAUAGUGGCAAAAAAUUUCUACCUCACAGAAACCGCCACGUACGAUUUAAGAAAAAAAGCGCCCCCUGUCGUUGAUUUUGGAUCGGAUAGCGCUAAAGUGUGCUCAUUAGAUGCACUAAUAACUUUUAGUUGUAAGGCUAUUGGUUACCCCUUACCCAACAUUCAAUGGUUGUUUUCUGAUGGCGUAAACGAGACCACAUUGAAACGAGACAUAAAACUUAAUAAGGUAUCUGAAUACCAAAUUGAAUCUACAAUAAAAGUAAAGGCAACGACAGCUGGCAACAUCACAUGUAAGGCUGAAAACAACGAAAAAUCCGCAUUGGCUUCAAAGAAACUAAUUGUUUAUGAAAUAGAUGGCGGCUUCGGAAUAGAGGAAAGCCCAGAUUGGUAUUCAGAAAAUGAUAGAGUAACAUUGAGAUGUCUAGCCUCCGUGCACGAAUACACAAAUGUGUUUUGGAGAGGAAAAGAUGACAACGACAUACAGGAAAAUGUGAUUUAUUACGAUAGUCCAUUUUCACACGUAGCAAAGUUAGAUAUCAGCCACGCUUCUCAAAGCCACGAAGGCAAAUAUACAUGUGUUGGAAAAAAGUUGAAUAAUUCUGAGGAACACCAAGUUAAAAAUAUUGUCGUUUACCAUACAAGAGAGCCCACGAUUAUAGAGCCUGAAAUGGAUAACACGGAUAGAGAUUUUCUACUUGGCCGACAAGCCGUGUUCACCUGUUUAGCAGAUGCUGUACCACCGCCACAAAUUAUAUGGACAAAGGACGGGAUGGAUUUACAAAAUAUCACCGAUCAGCUGGAAAUAUUGAAUUACUCUAAUCGCACCAAAUACAACUCUACCGUUGUUAUAAAAAAUAUGGAAGAAGCACACCAGGGAAAAUACGAAUGCAAUGCUUUCAGCAAUACGAGGUCUAUCACUAGAGUUGUAAAUGUUGAAAUAAAAGGUGGUUUCAAACAUACAACCAAGUUAUUGGGAGCGAUUAGUGCAAUCAUACUGGCGCUUAUAGGCCUGGUGAUAUAUUUGACUUGGAAGAUAAGGAAGGAGAAACAGUUCAGGAAAGAGCUUGCGGCUGCCGGUCUUCUAUACUUUAAGGAAGGAGUGACCAGCUCUCUGAACCCUGACUUGGGCAUAGACGAGCAGGCAGAGCUACUGCCGUACGAUGAGAAGUUCGAAUUCCCACCGGAAAAACUAAAACUAGGUACACAGUUGGGUGCCGGCGCGUUCGGGGUUGUAUACAAAGCCGAAGCUCGUGGUAUAGUGAACGCCGAAGAGACCACACUGGUUGCCGUAAAGAUGGUGAAGAAGACUGCUGACAACAUGUACAUCAAAGCUCUGGCUUCAGAGCUGAAGAUCAUGGUUCAUAUGGGGAAACAUGUCAAUAUUGUGAACCUGCUGGGUGCUUGUACCAAGAACGUCGGGAAACGUGAGCUGAUAGUGAUCGUGGAGUACUGCAAGUUCGGGAACAUCCACAACUACAUGCAGAAACACAGAGAGGUGUUCAUUGACCAGCUCACCGACAAUAAGGAGAAGAAUCUCGGGAAGGUCAACAGAGGGUAUUCUUGCAGCAGUGGGAGUAGUGGGAUGAACUCCGACUAUUUCGGCAUGAACCACACUCAGGCGACCGAUCAAACUGUCCUCAACUCAGCUAAUACCAAUAGAUCAGCCAGAAAAGAUAAACAAAAACAACAAGAGGAAUUUACUAAAGUAUCCGAAGCCGGCUACAUACAGCCAGAGUGGCGGUCCAACUACGAGAGCGACUACAGCUUCGACGGCCGCAACCCGCGGCCGCUGACGUCCCGGGACCUGCUAGCCUGGGCGUUCCAGAUCGCCCGGGGCAUGGAGUAUCUCGCCAGUAGAAAGGUUCUACACGGAGACUUAGCAGCCAGAAACGUUUUGCUGGCUGAAGACAACAUUGUCAAGAUCUGUGACUUCGGCCUUGCCAGAAGCAUUUAUAAGAAUGAUGAAUAUCAAAAGAAAGAAAAUAGUCCCUUACCAGUGAAGUGGCUCGCGAUAGAGUGCAUGAUGGACAGGAUCUUCUCGACGCAGUCCGACGUGUGGUCUUUCGGCAUCGUGCUAUGGGAGAUGUUCUCGCUGGCGAAGACGCCAUACCCCAACAUGAGCCCGCAGAAUCUCCUGCAGUGGCUGUCUGAAGGACAUCGGCUGGAGAAGCCCCCUUACGCAGAUGACCGGCUAUAUGACGUCAUGAUGCGCUGCUGGGAGCACAAGCCGACCGCCCGGCCCUCCUUCACACAGCUUCAGGAGUUGCUGGGCUCAUUCCUCGAGGACAACGUCAGAAACCACUACGUAGACCUGAACUCCUCGUACAUGGACAUGAACGUGAAGGCAGAAGGCCAGGACUACCUGCAAAUGGUGUGCGCGCCCGACUAUAACAAUUUAGUCACGCCGAGUCCACACCACUACGUGAAUUCACGAAGUUUCUUCCCACCUACUCCAACCCAAGUGCCACUAGAUGAGGAAGGUUACUUGCAAAUGACUCCAGCGAAUGCGUCUGUAUUUAGUCCACGGGCCCAAAAUACAAAAUUCGAUUUUGACGCGAGGAAAUUCGACCCACGAAUGUCUGAAGGUAACGGCGGUUCAGAAUUGACCCCCAUGCUGACCUUAAGCAACUUGCCGGCGAGAAGUGGGUCAGAAUCGGACCACGAAGGUCACUCACCCUACCUCAAGAUGUGCCCAAGAAUAUCCGAAGAAUCGGAUGACGUAUUUAAGCCAAACAUCAAUAACAUAAAGAAUAAUAUUCAAAAUAGUGCUGUUUCCAAUCCCACGUACAUUACAGCCUUAGAUAUGGACCUAGAAAAGAAACCUCAGAAUGUUAAUACUUACAUUAAUAUGCCAAAUGGUCUAGUCAAAUAAUACUUUUAGUCAAUUCAGUUGGGUCUAGCUCUGGUUCUCAAUUAUCUCAUCAAAUUCAAUGAAGGAUUGGAUACGUUGCUCUAAAUGAAACGUAUUUUUGUUGAUCUCUUUUGAUUUCAAUUUUUUUUAAAUAAUGGUGUGGGUGCAUUCAAUAGUUUAUGGCCAGUGAGUGUGAAUUUGUUUACUUUAUUUUGGGCAUUGAUAAAAUAUGUGUGAUGCUGUUCUGUGUUUAAAAAGCUAUGAAUUUUAUAUCUGUUUAUCUAACUAUAUUCUUUUGUUUUCUAUCUGUAUCUUAAGUUCUUUUUGUAUCUUUUCUCUACAUUAGAAGCAUACUUUCUUCACUGUGCAUGUAAUUUUUCUUGUUUAUUAUUUUCCUGCAUGGCUUUGGUGAAGGUGCGGUGAGAGAUAUAGAAGAAGAGCGGAAGAGAGAGAGAAAGAGAAAAUUAUAGUUGUUGGUUUUGUUGUUUUAAGAUAUUGAAAUACUUCACAGUGAAGUAUUUAGAUUUACAAGUUUGAAGCAUUUAUGUAUGGACUUUCGGUUUUUGAGAGGUUGGAAGAAACACUUGUUUGGGCAGGUGUUAGUUGAUGUGAUAUUUUAAUAUAAUUAGUGAUGGAUAUAAACUCGUUUAUAUUUAAGUACAAAAAUACAUGUUUAUGUGUAAGAUAAAAUGAAUCUUUCGCUACUGCAUACCCACCUUAAUAAUUUAAUCAUGAAUGCGAAUAAUUUAAUUUUAUAAUUUUCAUUCCUUCUGUUAUGUAGUUAAAUACCUACGUAAACAACUACAAUGUGUAUGCAUUUUAAUAUCGCAUAGUACAUUUAUGAUAGUACUAACAUCAUAAAGUAAGUAGGUAUUAAAGGGAUUUCUUAGCAGUUUGACAUAGUCAUGGUACUUAAUGUGUAUUAAGUCCGACUAUGAAGGUGUAAAUCAAACUGUUAAAUAUUCCCUUACCGCUAAUACAGUGUGAGUCACGUUAAAGUGUACAUAUGAAAAUAGAUGAAACUAGACCUAUUUUUAUCGACAAAAAAGAGGUCAAAAUUUUUUUGAGAUUUUUAAAAAAAAAUUUAUAGAAUUUUUUUUCUUUCAAUUACUUAUUGUAAAGAAAACGUAAUAACUUUUAAACUAAGCGGUAUAUCCUGAUAAAAUAAAAACAGUAAUAAUUCUAAAUAACAGGCAAUACUAAAAAAAUACAUAAAAUACACAAAAAAGGCCAACAAAUAACAAAAAAUGAUAAUUUUUGAAAAAAAAUCUGCUUAAAAAUUCGUGUUUUUUUGGUUAUUUGAUAAAUUUCUCCAAAAAAUGCCCCUAUAACUGGUGGUUUUUAUUAC